CAAACCUUACGAGUUGAGGCCGGACUCUAGGACACAUCUGGAUACAUCGAUGUCAGAUUGUGUCAGAUAGAACGCGGCGCGUCAACGAGUCGAGUAUGAAAAAUUAAUUAGAAUUGCGCUCAACUAUAAGCGUUACUUCCGUCGCAGUUCUGAUUAUGCUCUGAUUGGUAUUUCGUCUUCAACGCGUUGACGUGCUGCGCUUUAUAUGAUGCCUGACGUGAUAAUAAAAUGGGAUUCCGGUUUUAACAGCGAUUACAAAAUGGCCGCCUCCUCGAAAGCGACACGGCAUGUUUGACAGAUGAAUUUCUUUUAAUGAGAGAUAUUUUUUUGAAUUCGACGUCAUUGCGAUCUACGUAAAUAUACGGAAUGUCGGCUCUUUUUAAUUUCCAGAGUUUACUGACAGUCAUUCUGUUGUUAAUAUGUACCUGUGCCUACAUAAGGUCCAUCGUUCCAAGUUUACUAGAUCGGCAUAAAGUUGGGUUUUUAGGUACCUUUUGGAAGUGUGCAAGGAUUGGUGAACGAAAAAGUCCAUAUGUAGCUCUUAGCUGCUUAUUCAUGGCUUUCAGCAUUUUAUUUUGGUCGUAAGAUACACAGAGUACCGAUCGAUUGAAUUCCCCUCAACCUUGAAACUCAGUCUCUAGUGAUAAUUUUUGCUACCGAGAAAUGUAACAAUGUAAUAAAUGUGAUGUGAAUAAGAA